AUGUCUCUCGCUAACCCCGUCCAUCCUCUUGUCCCCUCCCUUCACCUUGAGAUCAAUGUCAUCUCCGCCCUGGACCUGGCUCCUGUAACCUCUGCAAUGCGCACCUACGCCGUUGCUUGCCUGGAUCGUGAACGCAAAUGCAAACAAUCCACUCGCAUCGCUCUCAUUGGCCACACCAAUCCCACAUGGAAUGCCAAGUUUAUCUUCCCCGUUGACGAAGACUUUCUCAAAUCCUACACCUCUUCUGUCAUCAUAGAGAUAUAUGCUCUUCGCUAUUUAUUCCGCAACGUUCUCGUCGGAACUGUCCACGUCUUGGUCAGCAAUUUCAUCCAUCCAUCAUCCCUGCAACCUCAUGAUCGCGACUACGGCCAAUUGGUCUGUCUCCAGGUCCGUCGUCCGUCAGAUCGCCCACAGGGUUUGCUCAAUAUCAGUGUAGCACUCCUCGACAACUCCGUGAGAAUCAUGCCGCUUUGCAACCAACCCAGUACCACCACCGUUGGAUAUUCUGAUCUCAUGGGUAAAAAGAUGCAUACCCCACAUCACCGUAGCUACACUCCCAAAAAGGUCCAACCCCGCAGCUCCAAAAGCAAACGAUCGGUCGAAUCCGACAAGGACGAUUUAUCCUCUGGCUGGAGUGGGUCUACGACAAUAACGAACUCGAGCCAUUUGAAAUCGGAUACGGGUCGGACAUAUUCGACUUUUACUUCCACAGAGGCAGCUAUCACGGAGGAUUAUUUUGCGGAGGAGGAGAUUGGAAGUUCUGUGCUAGAACGUUGGAGCGUAGACGAAGAAAACGACGAAGGUACCAAACAUGCGCGAAGGCACACCGACGGAAGAGGAGUUUUUUCGUGCUUCGGUGGAUCAUUUGGGUGUCAGUGCAACGUCUAUUGUGGGGCCAGACCUAACGAGGAGAAGAGAGUCAGUCGGAGGGCCCACCUUAACCCKUCUGAUUCUUAA